AAGUUGCAAAGUUACAACUAUUAAAAAGGUUGGAGCAAGUGAGUGAGUGAUUAAAACCAAACACACUCAGUAACCCAACUCAUUCCAUUCCAUUCCAUUCAAUUCCAUGGCUUCUUCAACAUCUCUGUUCCAAUCUUCACCUUUCUCUCUCAACACCAAAACCAAACCCUAUUCUUCUCUUCCCAAAUCACCAAAACCCACUCAUUUCAUCAUCAAAUCUCAACAACAACCGCACCCCGUUACUCAAAACAACACCCCCAUUCCUACUCCCACACCCACUCCUCCCACCACCCGUCGUCCCGCCGAUGAAAACAUCCGCGACGAAGCCCGUCGCAAAAACGUCUCCCAACAUCUCUUCUCCGCCAAAUACGUCCCUUUCAACGCCGAUCCAUCUUCCACCGAAUCCUACUCUCUCGACGAGAUCGUCUACCGUUCUCAAUCCGGCGAUCUUCUCGACGUGCAGCACGACCUAACCGCCUUGAAGAAAUUCGACGGCGCUUAUUGGCGUAACCUCUUCGAUUCACGCGUCGGUAAAACUACAUGGCCUUAUGGGUCUGGUGUUUGGAGCAAAAAGGAAUGGGUUUUGCCUGAGAUCGAUGAUGAUGAUAUUGUUAGUGCUUUUGAAGGUAAUUCUAAUCUUUUUUGGGCUGAACGUUUUGGCAAACAGUUUCUAGGCAUGAGUGAUUUGUGGGUUAAGCAUUGUGGUAUUAGUCAUACUGGUAGUUUUAAGGAUCUGGGUAUGACUGUGCUUGUUAGUCAAGUUAACCGCUUGCGAAAAAUGAACCGUCCAGUUGUUGGUGUUGGUUGUGCUUCGACUGGGGAUACUUCGGCUGCUUUGUCGGCUUAUUGUGCAUCGGCAGGGAUACCUUCGAUUGUUUUCCUGCCUGCUAAUAGGAUUUCAAUUGCUCAGUUGGUUCAACCGAUUGCAAAUGGUGCUUUUGUUCUUAGCAUUGAUACUGAUUUUGAUGGGUGUAUGCAGUUGAUAAGAGAGGUGACUGCUGAAUUGCCGAUUUAUUUGGCGAAUUCGCUUAAUAGUUUGAGGCUUGAAGGACAGAAAACAGCUGCCAUUGAGAUUUUGCAGCAGUUUGAUUGGCAGGUGCCGGAUUGGGUUAUUGUGCCGGGUGGGAAUCUUGGGAAUAUUUAUGCUUUUUAUAAAGGGUUUCAUAUGUGUAGAGAGUUGGGUCUUGUGGAUAGGAUUCCAAGGCUUGUUUGUGCUCAGGCUGCCAAUGCGAAUCCGUUGUAUUUGUAUUUUAAGUCGGGGUGGAAAGAGUUUAAGGCAGUGAGGGCACAAACUACUUUUGCAUCUGCUAUACAGAUCGGUGAUCCGGUUUCUAUUGAUAGAGCUGUUCAUGCUUUGAAGAACUGCAAUGGGAUUGUUGAGGAAGCUACUGAGGAGGAAUUGAUGGAUGCUAUGGCUCAAGCUGAUUCGACGGGGAUGUUUACUUGUCCUCACACUGGUGUUGCUUUGACUGCUUUGUUUAAACUCAGGAAUAGUGGGGUUAUUAAGCCUACUGAUAGGACUGUGGUGGUGAGUACUGCUCAUGGUUUGAAGUUUACUCAGUCUAAAAUUGAUUACCAUUCAAAGGGUAUCAAGGAUUUGGCUUGCCAAUUUGCCAAUCCUCCAACGCAAGUCAAGGCUGAUUUUGGGUCUGUUAUGGAUGUUUUGUCCAAGUAUUUGCAGAGCAAGGCUCCAAAGUAUCAUUAGGUUAGCACGUAGCACUGCUGGUUUUGCUCCUUUGUCCUUGCUGCUUGUUUACUUUUUAGGCAUUGUGUUGUCUUUUGUAUUAGCUUUUCCUUCUUUAUGAUGAUUUACUUGCAUUCUGUAUGCAUGCUGCUCUCUAAUAUUGAGAAAGCUUGCUGGAUUUGUUGUAGAUUAUCUUUGUUGAGCAUUUUGUAGCUCCCUUAGAAAUUAAUUGGAUAAGAUGAGGAAUGUUCAUCAUUGGCUUUGUUACUGCAUUAUUAAUAUAUUAUAGAUCAAUGCCCCCACCCCGGAUAAAAUACAUAA